AGCGGCGCCGCGGGCCGGCGGGCCCCUCCGGCUCCCGGCGCGGCGGCGCGGGCUGAGGGGAGCGGGCCGCCCGCCACCGCCGCCCCGCUCCCUCCUUCUCCGCUGGAGGAAGGUGCAGAGCAUGGAGAAUGAUGAACUUCCGCCAGAGGAUGGGAUGGAUUGGUGUGGGGUUAUACUUGUUAGCAAGUGCUGCAGUUUUUUAUUAUGUCUUUGAAAUCAAUGAGACUUACAACAAACUAGCAUUGGAGCACAUUCAGCAACACCCCAAGGAGCCACAAGAAGGAACCACAUGGACACACUCCUUAAAAGUACGACUGCUAUCCUUGCCUUUUUGGCUGUGGACUAUAAUAUUUUUAAUACCAUAUUUACAGAUGUUCUUAUUCCUCUAUUCCUGUACAAGAGCUGAUCCCAAAACUGUUGGCUAUUGCAUCAUUCCUAUCUGCUUGGCUGUUAUUUGCAAUCGUCAUCAAACAUUUGUGAAGGCCUCUAAUCAGAUCAGUAGAUUACAACUGAUUGACACUUGAUUCAAUUUCUAGUUUCCAUAGCUGUUUUGAAGCAAUGCAUAUGCCUGAUCUAAUCAAGACUGAAGUUCUGAAUGAAGGCUGGAAAGAGCCUUUUCUUUCAAACAGUUAAGUAAUGAACAGAAUGUUUUCUAUUUAAAAAAUAAUAAUUUAAAAGAUUUUUAAAGUAUGGGUCUAUCAAAAUGACCAGAAUGGGAGAGCCCUGUGUGACACCUGAUGGAAGCAUUCCUCAUUUUGCCUUAAUGAUGCAAAAUUGCUACACUCCAUCUGAAACGUCCUGUGGGGAAAUAUGUUUCUGGUCUAUGACCUUACUCCUCUGUGCAAAAAAAACCCCUGACUUCCUGUGUUUUCCCUUGGAGUAAAAUCAGUGAAAAGAUGCUUCUAUUGUGGAAAUGUAAAAAGACAAAAAAAUCAAAACAAGAUUAUAAAAGCUGCGCUUAACACAUUUCUUUGCCUUUUUUCCUUUUUUGACUACUUUACAUUUACAUCAGUGCUGGCUUUUAUUUUUUUUAUUUUUUAUUUUUUUAGUUUAAAGAGAAAUACAGGAAGCAAAGAAUAAAGUAUGGGUGAAUCUUUAAGAGAAAAAGAUACUCUUUUUCUGUGGUAGCACCCUCUUUUUCAGACACCACAAUUAUACAACAUUUUAGCAGAUAGGGAAUGAGAAAUGGCUUAGGACUGAGGCUGGUGCUUUAAUUUCUCCCCCUACCCCCCCCCCCCCAAAAAAAAAGGCAAAAGGAGUUUUUACUGCAAUGGUAUGCACAACACUUUUUUUUUUUUUUUUUUUUUUUUUUAAUUUUAAGUGCUUCAUUCUCCUACCUUUAGAAAUCUCCUUUGAUACAAAGUGAUUGCAAUUUAUUACUGUUCUAAUUUCACUCCAGACAUGAUGCAAAAUCAUGUUCUGGGAGCACUGAUGUGUUAAGAAAAACUGUAAAAUUGCAAAAGUUAAGUCAUGCUAGGUUUGGGGGGUUGUACAGCAAGUAGUAUGACAGAUAUCAUGAUUCUUCCAGGAAUUUUAAAAAGCAAGACAAAUUCUCCUCGUUCUUGCAAUGAGUGCAAGUUUUGUCAGUGGAACACCAGUAUGACUUUUUUUGUCAUGGUUUCAAAUUAUUUUCAGUGCUAUUGUUGACAUACCAUUUAAUUCUAAUUACUGGAUUACUGUGCAACUUAAAUAAUGUCAAAUCUGCUCUUUUUCAUUAGUUGUUUCUUGUUUCUUAGAAAAAUAAGUUUUUGAGACAUUAUGGAAAUUACUUCCAAAUGUAAAAACAGUGCAAAGUAUGGUCUUCAAAAAUAGCAAACCCCAAAUGAUUAUGAACUAAACUUUUCAAUAACUUUGCAAUUAUUGUUUAAAUUAUAUGUGAUUGUCAGUACCUAAUCAUCGUAAAUGCUAAUCUACUUCUGACUACUCUAAGGGAAUCCUGGAGGGAAAUAUCAGUUUCCUCCUGCUUUGGAAAGAGAACACUAUUUUCAGUGUUGUUAUAUUUAAGCAUGGUAGUUAAAACAUUUUAAACUUUGUUUGCGUUUGGAGAUAAUUUGAGAGUAUGGUUUUAAAUGCCAGCAUUGGUGCUAGAACCUGAAAACACAAUGUAGCCUUUACAAGAAGGUUUUAAGUUCUAAGUGCAAUACAAAAAGGACGCUGCCAUCUUAAUAUGCUGGAGUAAGAAUAAACUCCGGCUUGUAAUACCUUCUGGA